CCGGCGUACGGGGCCAGGCUUCCCCUCGAAGGAAUCGACCCCAUCACCUUCCUCCUCUUUAUCUCGUAGCCGCCGCCGCCGCAAACCCUAACCCGAGUUCCGAUCUGGUUCGACGACGACGACGGCGGCGGCGAGGGAGGAAGGCAGAUCUGAGGAGAUCCGACGGCGGGGGAGAAGGGGGAGAUGGUGGUGAACAGCCGGCCGCUGAAGAGGGCGAGGACGCGGGUGGAGGCCAGGGACUUCGCUGGGUUCCCGCCGGCGGGGGACGGCGGGGCUGCCGGGACGUUCCGGGAGGCGGUGAGGGGGUUCCUCGCGAGGUACGCGCGGCUGCUGCCUCUCCCCUCUAUCUUCUCGCCGGCGGCCGCCGCGGCACCGCCGCAUCUGUUGACGUGGAGGGUGUCGCUGCGGGUCGGCGAGGAGGGGGACGAGGAGGGCGGCGGCGGCGCCGUGGAGCUCAACGUCGUUGAGGAGGAUGUGCUCCGAUCGCGAUCUGUGUAUUGUGACCAGUGCAGAGUCGUGGGAUGGAGUGGUCACCCGGUCUGUGGGAAGCGGUACCAUUUCAUCAUCGAGAACGACAACAACCAGGUGUGCGGCAAGCGCCACAGCUGCUGCCUCCGCUGCGGGACUCCCACAGUCGCUGGAGAAUCAAGAUGCCUCCUAUGCAACUUUGAUAUGGAUGGCGAGGAGCUGGAGGAGUGCGGGUACAUGCAUCUGGACGACAACACCCACCUGCUGCACGCUGUGGUGCAUGCAAAUGGUUAUGGCCACCUUCUGAGGGUAAAUGGCCGUGAAGGUGGCUCAAGAUGUCUCACGGGCCGUGACAUAAUGAGUUUCUGGGAUCGCUUGUGCAAGGUGCUACAUGUGAGGAAAGUAACUGUCAUGGACAUAUCCAAGAAGCAUGGAAUGGAAUACAGGCUUCUGCAUGCCAUCACAAGUGGCCAUCCUUGGUAUGGUGAAUGGGGAUACAAGUUUGGCGCUGGUAGCUUUGCACUAACCUCAGAUACUUACCAAGAGGCAGUGGAUACGCUUUCCGGUAUACAACUCGCGUUGUACUUCUCACAUCGCCAGCCCAUUCGGACCCCUCUGCAGAACACGAUUGCUCUGUACUGGGCACUCUCUGAUCGCCAGCUUGUGACUGUUCGGGACCUCUUCCGGUUCAUAAUGCACCUGCUUCAUCAAGCACGCAAGAAGAACGAGACAUCAAAACCCACAACUGAUGAACACAAAGAAGUUGCAUCUAAUGUGCUCUGCAAGUGGACAAAGGAAGAUAUUGAUCGGGCAGAAACUGCAAUGCUCAAGGUCCUACGGGUUGUUCAGCCUGGACAGUGGGUAUCAUGGCGUGCACUUCGGGGAGCUGCAUCGAAGGCUGUUGAUUCACAGGAGCUACUUGACUAUUCUCUUCGAGGACUGGGUGGAAAACUGAUGGACGAUGGCCAUUUCAUAGCUGUCCGCUGCAAUGCUGAGACGAGUGCAAUUGAAUACAGGCUGGAAGAUAACUCCAACCAGUCAGUUGAUGCGGCUGCGUUUGGGCCUUCUGUUGAUCAUCUUCUGCACGAUCUGAAGUUCCUCUAUAACGCUUUGCUGAACCCAGAAACCAUGUUGGCUUCACAGCCAGAGGUUAUAGGUGCAUCAUCACACAGUGCAGCAGCAAAGAUUCUCGACUGCAAGCAGUUCAUCAAACAUUACGAUCAGCACACCCCACGGGCUCCUUUGAACCCAUUCCUACUUUCUGUGAGGUGUUCCAUUGAACUUCUUGAUCACCCAAAAGACUACACUGCACCACCGGUGGAACUAGUGCUUUUACCAGCAAGUGCUACCCUUGCUGAACUGAAAAUACAGGCUACAAGGGCCUUUCAAGAAACAUACCUCAUGUUCCAAAGCUACCAGGUUGAACAGCUCCCUGACUUCCCAAAUUUUAGUGACACAACCCUCGUGAAGCAUGUGCUUGGCUCAAGCCAGCUCGUGAGGGUAAGAGGAAGGUGCACUGGGGAUAACCGAAGAAUUGUGCAAUUCAGGAUGGAAAGGGGGUUGGAGAACUGGACGGUCGACUGCACCUGUGGAGCCAAGGACGAUGAUGGCGAGAGGAUGCUUGCAUGUGAUGUUUGUGGAGUUUGGCAACACACCAGGUGUUCAGGGAUUAGUGAUUUUGAUGAUGUCCCUGAGAAGUUCAUCUGCAGGAAGUGUGCUAGUCCACGCAGAGGAAAGGGUCGUGGUGGUGGAGGUGGCAAUGGUGGUAGCAGAAUGGAUGUGAGCGCUGCAGGGAGGUGCAAGGAUGAGAUAGGAUCAUCUGUUGGCGGUGCAGGCAAAUUUGGGCGCAUGGCAACUGUUGGAUGACUGUACAUAAUGUGUGAAAUGUAAAUACUGAGGGGAGAGUGGGGAGUAGCACCUGAGGCCUGUGUGAACCUUCAUGGAAUCUUGUCUUUCUGACCAGUGAUAUGAUGUUAAUCUAUCCUCCUUGGAAGCAAUCCUUUCUCAGAA